AUGCCACCAGCAGCUGUGGCAAUCGCAGCGGUUUCCACUGCCGCCAGGGUCGUCACAGGCACAGUGACCCUGGCACAGGGGCUCAAGGCUUUCACCGACGAGGUUGUUUGGCUAGUGGUGAUCGCCUUCUUCUUUGCAGAGGGCUUUCACAAGACUGGGCUGGGCGAUCGCAUCGCCCUGAAUGUGAUCCAAGCAGUUGGUGGAACGACGUAG